AUGCUGCUCGCACCGCGCACAUAUCAUCUCGCCCAAACCCCGGACGAGGGGCGCACACGACCCGAGCCCUCGUAUUUUCUGUGCGGAACACAGUCGCGGAAGCAGCAGGAAGCAGAGCGACGCCGCGCCGUAAAGAUGCUUUUGCUGCAUCAGACGGGCAGCGUCAAAGUCGGCGAGGUGGUGCGGUACGUACCGGCAGUUGGAUGGGCUGGUCUCAACGCGCCGCGGGAGUGUCCCAGGUUGGUUCGGAUGAGUGCUAAGACGCUAACUUACACGCCCUCGGAAGACCGCAUUCUGCCCUCGCCUGCCUUCCUUCACGUGCGCAUACGAAAUACGUCGGCCAUCCCGCUGCGCGCCGCCUACCUCCACGGGCCCUACACCAUCCACGUCUCCGCGUACCCCUCCACCUUCAACCCAAACCGAAAGAAUGACGACUCGAGAAUAUACGGCAACCCCGAAUUCGAGCCCAAUGUCAAGGCUGGCGGCCACUGGAAUGCGAAGCUGACUGUGCCGGAGCACAUGCGAAAUGGCGACAAUGGCCGGAACGAAGACGGAUCGCCUCUGAGUGCGACGUGGAUAAUCGAGGUCGCCUCGCAGAUCAUCUUCUCCAACUCUGCGUCGGUGCACUACGAGCUGCUCGUGGCACGCGACGAGCGAUCGCUGGAUCUUGGCUUCACCGCCGUGACCGGGAACAGCCAUGGAGCGCCCGGAAAGGUGACAGACCACCAGCAGAGCAGCAAGAAGCACGUCUCGCACCAUCCCGCGCAAAGAAAGGGCGUCUACUCGAAAGCCAUACAGUUGGUCGUGGACGAUACCACCAGUCUGUGGAACAAACCAGAGCUGCCGGAGUUGAAGGACGAGGAUCACAGCAGGAAGAGGAAGUCGGGCGACGAGCAGCAUGAGCAGCCUGUAGAAAAUGCCAAGCAGAAGCAUAUCCACCUUGUGCUCGUGACACAUGGCCUGCAUAGCAAUCUGGGUGCGGAUAUGCUGUACCUGAAAGAGAGCAUCGAUGCGACUGCAAGGCAAGCACGCGAGGAUCGAAGGAAGCGCCGGCGUGAGCAAAGAGAGGCGGGAAAGGCCUCAGAAGAAGCGAAAGACACUUCCACCGCGCCUCUGUCUGGCGGCCAAGAUGAAAUGCCUGAAGCUCAAGACGAGGAUGACGAUGACGAGGAGGAAGUCGUCGUGCGUGGCUUCGACGGCAACGUCAUCAAGACCGAGCGAGGCAUCCAGUAUCUCGGCAAGCGACUCGCCAAAUAUGUGCUGCAACUCACGUAUCCAGACCAGCCCUUCUUGCCCAUGAAGAAGUCUGUCGGCCAGAAGAUAUCAAACACGUUUUCUCCGGUCAAGGACAAGCCUGACGAAGGCAUACCGGCACACGAUGGUAGUACUGUCCAGCGGCCCCCACCUUCCAAAGACAAACGUCUGUACAAGUUCACGAGUAUCAGUUUCAUCGGGCACUCUCUAGGCGGACUUGUGCAGACGUACGCUAUUGCCUACAUCCACAAACAUUCUCCCGAAUUCUUUGCAAAGAUCAAGCCCAUCAACUUCAUCUGCAUGGCAUCACCGAUGCUAGGGCUAAGUAAUGAGAAUCCCAUGUACGUCAAGUUUGCUUUGGACUUUGGGCUGGUGGGCCGCACCGGACAGGACCUUGGACUUACUUGGAGAACACCCACCUUGGCGAAAAGUGGUUGGACUGCUAUGAGCAGUGUCUUUGGGAAUCAAUCCGCCAGCCAACACGACCAUGAAGACCCUGGCGCAAAGCCACUUCUCCGCAUCCUGCCUACUGGACCGGCCCACGUCGUGCUGCGCAUGUUCAGGAAUCGCACACUGUACUCGAAUGUCGUCAACGACGGCAUAGUACCUCUGCGCACGAGCUGCUUAUUGUUUCUUGACUGGCGAGGGCUUGAACGAGUCGACAAGGCGCGCAGAGAGAACGGACUGAUCGGAACUGUCGCUGUUUGGGGCUUCGGCCAAUUGACCGGACAAAAUGCAUCACCAAAUCCGUCAAGAGCCAACGUCUCCGAUGAUGAUAGCGAAGGUCCAUUGUCUCCUUCUCUACACGGAGAUGACACAAGCGUACCACUGCCGAGCGCCGAUACUACAAACCAGGACGAUGAGACACAGACAGUGGUGGGACCUGCACAACAUCAGUAUUCCGAAGGGCAGAAGAAGAACGAUGAAUCUGAUGAAGAGUCGGAUCAAUACUUCCAGCCGCAAAAUACGCUAAUGCAGUGGUGGAGCUACAUCCGUCCUACGGGCAAGCACACGACCAAAGAUAAGAAGAUGUUUACACGGAGUCAGACGGUCCAUAAGGAUGAUGAAAUAGAGGCAUCAGGAUCUGGCUCACCAUCACAUGCUGUAGAGCACAAGAAACGACCUCAAGCAACCCGUGGCGACUCCAUUGUCAACAGUUCGAAGAGCUCUCGAGCACCGCCCAAAACGACCAUCUUUGAAUCUGCUGGCGAUCUCAUCAACCCUCCAGUACCUCCUCAGUCAUGGAUUGUGGAUCCCUCAACUCGAGCGCGAACUAUCUUCCAUGAUCGAAUCUACCACCCAGAAGACAUCCCGCCACCGCCGACAAAAAAGCGCAACAAUGGUCGUUCAAUGUCGGGCGGCAGCGCCAUGACAACUGAGUCCACUGCCAGUGCAGACGAGGGCCAGAUGCGUGUCGAGGAGAAGAUUGCGCGAGCCUACCAUAGGGAUCUCUCUUGGCGUAAAGUUCUUGUCCGAUUAGAACCUGAUGCGCAUAACAAUAUUAUUGUUCGCCGCAUGUUCGCCAACGCCUACGGCUGGCCAGUGGUCAAGCACCUCUGCGACACACAUUUCGCAGACACGUACUCCGCCCAAACACGAGAUGAAGAGGAACCUGCUAUUGACCGUGCGAAGCUUGUUACUGAACCUGUCGAUGCUGAUGGCGAACAUGUGAAGGGACAACAUAGCUCACAGCCCCCGAUUGAGCGCACGGACAGCGAGCUCAGAGAAGUACCAGACGAAUUGGCACCAUUGAAGAACCUCAAGAGGCCCCCACAGCGCACCAACACCAUGGACAGCACGCGAAGCAUUGGUUCGGGCGAUUGGGAUACAUACUUUGGUGGUACUAGCGACGAAGACGAUGAUAACGACGACCGCAACGCGAUACAGAAAUUCCUUCAACUCAACACGCCAAAACCACCGACCCCAUCAAACCCACCGAAGACACCGCAAGGUACCAGCGAUGCUGAGAUCACCGACUUCCUAUCCCAUCAUCCUGCUCCCAUUCCUAUUGAGGUACACCGUGGCCUGGGUGUCAGUCCAAGUAGCAAGUCCCACAGGUCGUCAGUCCGAUCACAAGACUCCAGACAAUCGCUGGGUGGACCAUCUAAUCUAUUGCCCGAAGGCAAGCAGACGACAAGCCCGCCUGCAACUCCAUCAGGAAAUAUCAGCGAAGUGGGUCUCGGACCAAAGCAGUCUCUAGACAAGAGUGUACCAAGUUCACCAGAGGUGCUGAAGGCCGGAUUGGGGAGUGAACAAGCUACGACGCCGGGCACAGACAAGAAAGACGACGUGGGUUCCUAG